AUGUCACAUUCCCAAGGUUUAAUAGUAAAGGCACAACAAGUAUAUUACCCAAUUGAAUUAUCCAACUCAGAACUAUUAUGUCACUACGAAACCAUCCAAGAAUACCAUCAAGACAUCUCCUCCAAUGCCAUUGCUCAAUCAUCAAAAUUCAAACCGAUAACAAAAUUAAUUGAUCAACAACCAGAAAUGUCUCCUCAAGAAACAAGAUCAACAAUAAUAACUUUUCUUUUCGAGUUAUCUGUAAUGACUCGUGUCACUAAUGGAAUCUUCUUCCAAUCUGUAAGAUUAUACGAUCGUUAUUGUUCCAAAAGAGUAGUCCUUAAGGAUCAAUCCAAAUUAGUUAUAGCUACUUGUCUUUGGUUAGCUGCAAAAACAUGGGGUGGUUGUAAUCAUAUUAUAAAUAACGUUAUUGUCCCAACAGGUGGUAGAUUUUAUGGUCCUAAUCCAAGAGCAAGAAUACCAAGAUUAUCAGAAUUAGUUCAUUAUUGUAAUGGUAUCAACGAGGGGUUCGAUGAAUCCAUGUUUUGUCAAAUGGAAAUGCAUAUAUUGGCAACUUUAAAUUGGGAUAUUUGUGAACCAAUGAUCAAUGAUUAUGUUUUGAAUGUAGAUGAAAAUUGUUUGAUUCAAUAUGAAUUGUAUCAAAGACAAUUGGACCAAAAUAGAAAUUAUAAUUUGAAAAGACAGUCUCAAACUUCUCAAGAUAGUGAUGCCACUGUGGAUGAGAUCGAUACAACAACAACAGCUAUGGACGCUAAAUGUAAUAAUAACAAUGAUAGCAGUAGUACAGAUGUCAAUGCAUUGGACGAAGAAGAUGAAGAAUUAAAAACAAAAAUUCAAUUGAUUAAUUUGAAAAAAUUCUUAAUAGAUUUAUCCACAUGGCAAUAUGACCUAUUGAAAUUUGAAAUUUUUGAAACUGCAUUUGGUAUUCAUUCCAUUAUUAAUAAAUUUACAAAUCAAGAACAAAAUUCCUUUUUAAUGACCCCAGUAACGAACAAUACAAAACAAAUUCAACUACUAAACAUUUUCAUAAAUGCAAUUAUCAAUGCACCAUCAUCAUUGACUCAAGUCUAUAAAGAUCAACAAGGUAUAAUGGAAUUUAUUGAAAAAGUUAAGACAUAUCAUAUGGAAUUACAAAAGAAAUUACAAUUAGCAUCAUCGAUCGAUUUAACAAGAAGAAUAACAAUAAAUACAUGUUAUUCAUCAUCUCAAGAAGCAAUCCAACAACAAUAUUCAAACACAUCUUCACCAAUUUAUUCCUCUCAAAAUUAUACACCAAUGAGAAACGCUAGUGCUCAAUCUGAUAACAGUGUAUUCAGUACCACAAUGGAACAAGCUUCUCCAAUGACUCCAACCAUGUAUUAUUUCAAUAAAAUGAAAAAUAAUAGUGCUUGUACAAGUUCUCUAAGCGUUAACAGUCUACCGAAUAAUCAAAUGCAUAUGCAACAACAACAACAGCAGCAGCAGCAGCAACAACAGAGUACAAAACGUUAUUACGAUAAUGUAGAAUGUAAUAAAGAAAAUCAAAUGCCAUAUCAAAACGGUACGACAGGUGGCCCACCAAGAGCUAAAUUCAUAAAUACAGGUAUUUCUCAUUCUCCAAUGACUAACAUUUCGAUGAAUGGUGGUGGUGGUGAUGAUUCAAGUAGUAGAUCUUCUUUAAUCUCCGUACCAAUCAGUCAAGUUAACAGCAGCAUGGUCUGA